UUCUGUUCACUGUGAUUGAGUCAAAAGGCACAAAAAUGUCAGGAAAGAGUUUUCGAGUCAGCGACGGGGACUGGAUUUGUCCCGAUAAAAAGUGUGGUAAUGUAAACUUCGCAAGAAGAACAAGCUGCAACAGAUGUGGAAGAGAUAAAACCACAGAGGCCAAGAUGAUGAAAGCAGGAGGAACAGAAAUUGGGAAAACUCUUGCUGAGAAGAGCAAAGGCCUCUUCAGUAAAAAUGAUUGGCAGUGCAAAACAUGUGGCAAUGUGAACUGGGCAAGGCGUUCAGAGUGCAACAUGUGCAACACUCCAAAGUAUACCAAGCUUGAAGAAAGAACAGGUUAUGGUGGAGGUUUCAAUGAAAGGGAAAAUGUGGAAUACAUAGAACGGGAGGAAUCUGAUGGGGAAUAUGAUGAGUUUGGUCGAAAAAAGAAAAAAUAUCGUGGAAAGAGCAACAGCUCAAGUUCAGCAAAAGAACCUGAAAAGAAAGAAGUACCAAAAGAUGAUCCGGAGGAGGAGGAAGAAGAGGAGGAAGAUGACGAUGAAGAAGAUGGUGACCUGUCUAAAUACAAGCUUGAUGACGAUGAGGAUGAUGAAGAUGGGGAUCUGUCAAAGUAUGAUCUCAUUGCCAGUGAUGAGGACGAAAAGCCAGCCAAGAAGAGCGGCAGCCAAUCUGGCUCUUCACGCUCUUCCUCGCGCUCUUCUAGCUCCAGCUCUCGGUCGAGGUCCAGGUCCCGUUCUAGAAGUUCUUCCAGAUUUGGAUCUCGUUCGAGAUCUCGCUCCAGAUCGAGCUCCAGGUCUGGGAAGGGCUCCUCUCCCCACAAGAGGUCCCGCACGCCAUCCUCCUCACCCGAGAGGACACGGAAGCGCAGUCGCUCCAGGUCUUCAUCUGGAGGAAGAAAACGAAGACGCUCUAGAUCACAUUCGUCCGAAAGACGCAGUGGCCAUUCGUCUGGAUCGUCCCACUCUGGCUCCAGUUCUAAAAAGAAAUAGCUUUCUUACAGCUUCAUAAACCAGUAAAGUUUAGUGGAAGUGCAUGUCUUGUUGCAAGCACAGAACCAUACACCUUCAGUAUGCUCUUCAUUGUCGUAACCUCUUAAGUCUUACUUCUAAUCAAGAAAAGCAGGCAAGAUGAAAUCAUCCUGUCAUUACCUACAGUGGGGCAAAAAAGUAUUUAGUCAGCCACCAAUAGUGCAAGUUCUCCCACUUAAAAAGAUGAGAGAGGCCGGUAAUUUUCAUCAUAGAUAAACCUCAACUAUGAGAGACAAAAUGAGAAAAAAA